UUAUCUUGUAUCUGCAUAAUCUUACGUUUUUAGGCUUUUGUUCAUUCGAACUUGACGAAUUUUCAUUUAUUAUAAAAACCCAUGUUUUCUUUGUUGAAUCUGACACUUAAUCUUUGAUUAUUUCCAACAUGCAAUGAUUUGUAGCUUUUGAAACCGUAAAUUUCGAUUGCAAUGAUUUAUAGCUUUUGUUCAUUCGAACUUAACGAAUUAUAUGACUUGUUAGCUGAUAUGGGGAUUUUCGAUUUCAACAGCUCGUAUCCGAUUUACUUAUUCUGUUUAAAUCUGCUCAGAGUAUCUGUGUUUCUGCAUUUCGUUUAGUGAGUGUGUUUGCUGCUUGUUAACCACAUGAUAUCAAAGCAGUGUUUUAUAGCUUUUGAAACCGUAAAUUUCGAAAAUUGCUUGAUGGGUAUUUUUGGUUACUGUUGUCUGCAGCUAAAUUUGAUCUUGUAUAUGUAUGUGUGUGUCUGCUUGUAUACCUUAUCAGAUUUUUUUAGGUUCCGGUGGCACGGUUUGGUUAACUAUUAAGCUUAGUUAGUUCCUUUCAGUGUGCAGAAUUGUUAGUGCGUUUAUUCUAGGAUGUGUAGAACUUAUUUUGUUUACUGGGGUUACAAAACUAGGUUAAGAAUUUUGAGUAUAGAUGCUUAUUGUAGGGAUUAGGUUUGAGGAUCUUGUACCCUAAGCACACAUGGGUUAAAGAGUGGGGAAGAAUUGUUGAUGAGCUUGCUUUAGUUUGAAAUAUUAGAUAUAAACAGAUAUUCGCUUGUCCAAAUCAAAAACCCUCGGAAGUCUGAACUACGGGCAAAUUGGGUGUGUUUGAACUUUAGAUGGUGUUUGUAGGUGGAAGUGGUCUAUAUACGUGAUUAAUCGAGCGAUUGUUGUAUAGUUUAUUUCUGAAAGUUUCUGCUGUGAAUGUGUAAAUUUCUAGUGAGGAUAGGUAGAAUUUUAUGGGGGAAAUUUUGUGUGGGAGGGGAUAGUUACUUUAUAGAGGUGCUGGAUGUUUAACCUGUUGGGACUGUACCUUUAUGUAGGGAAAGGUGCAUCAAAUUGUGUCUGACUAGAUUUUCCAUAUCUUUCUCAUAUCUGUGUCCCAAACAUGUAGGACUCAGUGGUUUUGUGGGAAUCGAAUAUCUGCUUAGUAACAUUCAUAACAUUAGACGGAAUCACAUUCUUAUCUGGAAUGGAGCCUUUAUGAGACGCGACAUUUUAACUUUCGCUUUUGGCCUUUGCUUUAGAUUUUCAUCAAUCGCCACUAAUCUUUCUCUCUUGAAAUUUAUGUUACAUCAAUGGCAGUAAUCUUGUGUUAGGAGUUAGGAACCUAUUCUGGAGGAUGGGGAUUCUGUAUGACAUGUUUUUUUAAAGCUGAGUUCUCUCCAAGAAAAAAAAACAUAAUCUUUUUACAGCUGAGAUUUUGUGGAACUUAGUGAUAUUGUAAAUCUGUGAUAGCUUAUGUGUUUAAGAACCACCACAUGCAUAUUUAUUAUAAUUAUUAAUUGGGUCAUGAAUAAUGUACUUUCCUUAGCAUAUUGAAAAAAAACUAGUGUUUGUCUACUUAUCAUGCAAAUAUAAUAACCUUAAUAAUGUUACAUGUGUAGCGAACAAGUUGGCGUCUUCGUAUUCAAGGCUGAUGGAGCCUAAUGGUCACAGGAGAGUGAGGAGAAAGGAUGUUCUAGAAAAUGGUGACAUGGGUCAGUCAAAUACAGGCGAUGAACUGGAUCCAUGGACUGCAUGGGCGUACAAGCCUCGGACCAUUUCGAUGCUGCUUAUUGGCGCAUGUUUCCUUAUUUGGGUAAGUGGAGCCCUAGACCCAGAAAGCAGUGCAUCUGGAGAUGUUGUUACAUCCGUAAAAAGGGGUAUAUGGGCGAUGAUUACAGUUUUUCUUGCUUAUUGCUUGCUGCAAGCCCCGUCUACGGUUCUUAUCAGACCUCAUCCUGCAAUUUGGCGCUUGGUUCAUGGAAUGGCUGUUGUUUACCUUAUUUCUCUCACAUUUUUGCUUUUCCAGAAACGUGACAGUGCUCGGCAGUUUAUGAAGUUUCUCCAUCCAGAUCUUGGUGUUGAACUUCCAGAAAAAUCUUAUGGUGCUGAUUGUCGCAUAUAUUUGCCUGAAAAUCCUACUAACAGGUUUAAGAAUGUUUAUGAAACACUUUUUGAUGAAUUUGUUGUGGCUCAUAUAGUUGGGUGGUGGGGAAAAGCUAUAUUGAUCCGCAAUCAGCCCCUUCUGUGGGUGCUUUCCAUCGGAUUUGAGCUGAUGGAGCUUACCUUCCGCCAUAUGUUACCGAACUUCAAUGAAUGCUGGUGGGACAGUAUCAUUCUUGACAUUUUGAUCUGCAACUGGUUUGGUAUCUGGGCAGGAAUGCAUACGGUUAGGUACUUUGAUGGAAAAACAUACAAGUGGGUUGGUCUAAGCCGUCAGCCGAAUAUUAUUGGAAAAGUCAAAAGAACACUGUGGCAAUUCACACCAGCUCAGUGGGACAAGGACGAAUGGCAUCCCUUGCUUGGUCCAUGGCGUUUCAUUCAAGUCCUCACUCUUUGUAUUGUAUUCAUGACAGUAGAGCUUAAUACAUUCUUUCUUAAGUUCUGUUUAUGGAUUCCUCCCCGGAACCCCUUGAUAGUGUAUAGGUUGAUCCUGUGGUGGCUAAUUGCAAUUCCGACAAUUCGCGAGUACAAUUCAUACCUUCAAGAUCGAAAACCAGUGAAGAAGGUUGGGGCAUUUUGUUGGCUUUCCGUAGCUAUUUGCAUCAUUGAACUUCUCAUUUGCAUCAAGUUUGGACAUGGAUUAUAUCCUAAGUCAAUGCCAUUAUGGCUGGUAACGUUUUGGGCAUCUACCGGAGCGGCCCUCGUAAUAUUUUUGAUAAUUUGGUCGUGGCAACUGCAUCAAAGUUUACGGCGAAAGAGGCAAUGAAUUUACAAUUGUGUACAUCAUUCUUUGACUUGCUUCUUCGUCUCAAAAGGGUUUCGAUAUCGAUCGGCAUUGUAAAUAUUAAUCAGCUUUUUGUUAAUUCCUAUAGAUUAGCGGAUCACACUUCCUUGAGUAGAGGAUUUUAUUCAUUUCCUAGGCAGCUCGUAAAAUUACUGGUUUUGUCCCCAUUACCGGCAGAAAAUUUUCAAGGAUGAGCCUUUUUCAACCGA